UAAGCAGUCCAGAGGGAAGGUCGAUCGAGCUCCACAGUUCCUUUUGAAACAGGCUCCGCCUCACACCAGAUCACACACACAUCCGCUGAAAACUCCACCGGACAACAAAGCGCGCUCCUCCACCGGACAUGAACACCCGCCGUCCGCAGUACGGGAUCGACAUGUCGGCCGCGACAGCCGCGCCUCUCUGGCUGGCCCUCAGUCUCCUGGUGUCCGCUUCUGAAGCAAAGAUCAGCCUCACCGCGGCCCAGGGAGAGACUAUCGUCCUGCCGUGUCAGACUCCCAGCGACUACCCCAUCCUGGCUGUAGAGUGGGACAGACCUGACCUGGAGCCACAGUAUGUCAUUUUGUACCGGGACGAGCAGUCUGACCCGGAAAAUCAGUACGAAUCUUUUAAGCACCGGGUGAGGCUGGACCGGCAUCAGAUCAAGACCGGUGACGUGUCUCUGAUCCUGAGGAACGUGACGACCGAUGACCAAGGAAUAUACAAGUGUCGGGUCAUCCAGAGAGGAAUGAGGCGCCAGAAGAGAGCCAGUUUGAACAUCGAGCCCAUCCAGGUCAUCAAGCUGAGUGUUCAUCAGUCAGGUCUCGAGGAUGGAGGGAGCGAGGAUGGAGGAGAAGCGGGCGGGAACAACAACGUUGCGCUUGUCGCUGGUUUGUCAUUUGCUGUGAUUGCUGUUGUUAUUGCUUCUGCAUCCGUAACAAUCUUAGCCAGGAAUCUCAGACGCAAGAAGAACAAUCCCCCACCCGACAAUGAAGCAAGUGAGCAGCUGAAAAAAACGUGCGAACUCUAAAUAGUAAAGGAGCCGUUCCCUGCUUAACUUCAUUUAAAAAAUUAUUUCUCUAAGCCUUCGCAGUAAUACACAUUUUUCAAACGUUUACUGUUGACCACAGAACAUCUCCCCUAUGGACCGAAAUGCAGACAUCACUUUAUUAAUUGUUUUUUAACGGAUCAAGAGCUUUCUGUAUUGGAAAACCUUUGCCUCUGUCCUUUGGCCAUGGAAAUAUUUACUUAACAUGCAUGAUAAUAAAGGAAGUGCUCUGAA